CCGCCGCCCCUCCCUUUCCCCCCUCCCUUCCUCCCUCUCCCUCCCUCCUCCCCUCGCGAUAAGAAGACCCGGCGGCCGGAGAGGGGGAUGAAGAUGGCGGACGCGAAGCAGAAGCGGAACGAGCAGCUGAAGCGCUGGAUCGGCUCCGAGACGGACCUCGAGCCGCCUGUGGUGAAGCGCCAGAAGACCAAGGUGAAGUUCGACGAUGGCGCCGUCUUCCUGGCAGCCUGCUCCAGCGGGGACACGGACGAGGUGCUCGAGCUGCUGCACCGCGGCGCCGACAUCAACUACGCCAAUGUGGACGGACUCACUGCCCUGCACCAGGCAUGCAUUGAUGAUAAUGUUGAUAUGGUGAAAUUUCUGGUGGAAAAUGGAGCAAAUAUUAAUCAACCUGAUAACGAGGGCUGGAUACCACUACAUGCAGCUGCUUCCUGUGGAUAUCUUGAUAUAGCAGAGUUUUUAAUUGGUCAAGGAGCACAUGUAGGAGCUGUCAAUAGUGAAGGUGACACACCUUUAGAUAUUGCUGAAGAGGAGGCAAUGGAAGAGCUACUUCAAAAUGAAGUUAAUCGACAAGGCGUCGAUAUAGAGGCAGCCCGUAAGGAAGAAGAACGGAUAAUGCUUCGGGAUGCAAGACAGUGGCUCAAUAGUGGCCACAUCAAUGAUGUUAGGCAUGCAAAGUCUGGUGGUACUGCACUCCAUGUAGCAGCUGCUAAAGGCUAUACAGAAGUUUUAAAACUCUUACUACAGGCAGGCUAUGAUGUAAAUAUUAAAGAUUAUGAUGGUUGGACACCUCUUCAUGCUGCAGCUCACUGGGGUAAAGAAGAAGCCUGUCGAAUUUUAGUGGACAAUCUUUGUGAUAUGGAGAUGAUCAACAAAGUGGGUCAGACUGCCUUUGAUGUAGCAGAUGAAGACAUCCUAGGAUAUUUAGAAGAACUGCAAAAGAAACAAAAUCUGCUCCAUAGUGAAAAGCGAGAAAAGAAGUCUCCACUAAUCGAGUCUACGGCCAAUAUGGACAACAACCAGUCACAAAAAGCAUUUAAAAAUAAAGAAACAUUAAUUAUUGAGCCAGAGAAAAAUGCAACCAGUAUUGAAUCUCUGGAGCAGGAAAAGGCAGAUGAAGAAGAAGAAGGCAAGAAAGAUGAAUCUAGUUGCUCUAGUGAAGAAGAUGAGGAAGAUGACUCAGAAUCAGAAGCUGAAACAGAUAAAACAAAACCUUUGGCAUCUGUUACUAACACCAGUACCUCCAAUGUGCCAGCAGCUCCUGUAGCUGUCACAACACCUACCUUAUCUUCUGGCCAGGUGACACCUACAUCACCCAUUAAAAAGUAUGAUUUCAUUCCUCCUAUCAUUCCUGUGGCGGAAUCAAUAGAUCCUGCAUCAUGGAGGCAGGGGUUACGCAAAACUGGCAUUGUUCUUGUGCCCAGUAAGGGUGAAAAACUUCUGUUUCCAGCUUCUACAAAGAUUUCCCCAAAAGAAGAGGAGAGAAAAGAUGAAUCCCCAGCUUCUUGGCGGCUUGGUCUUAGGAAGACAGGCAGCUAUGGUGCCCUUGCUGAAAUCACAGCCUCUAAAGAAGCCCAGAAAGAGAAGGACACAGCAGGGGUUAUGCGCUCAGCAUCCAGCCCCAGGCUUUCUUCUUCAUUGGAUAAUAAAGAAAAGGAGAAAGAUAACAAAGGAACUAGACUUGCAUAUGUUACACCUACAAUACCUAGGCGUCUGGCCAGUACGUCAGACAUCGAGGAGAAAGAAAACAGAGAUUCUUCAAGCUUACGAACAAGUGGUUCGUAUACAAGAAGAAAAUGGGAAGAAGAUAUCAAGAAGAAUAGCUCAAUUAAUGAAGGAUUAUCAUCACUCGGCCCACCUUAUCAUAAAAGUUGUUCCUUUGGUAGAAGACAAGAUGAUUUGGUUAAUUCUAGUGUUCCAAGUACCACUUCAGCACCAACAGUUACCUCUGCAACUGGGCUCCAGAAAAGCCUGCUUUCAGGUGCAAGCACUACCACAAAGGUUGCCACCAGCUCCUCUCCAGCAGGCACACAAAGCAGUACCUCACAUCGUUUGUGGGCUGAGGAUAGUGCUGAAAAAGACAAGGACAGUGUUCCCACGGCAGUGACCAUUCCUGUUGCACCAACUGUUGUAAAUGCUGCCGCUUCUACCACAGCCUUGACUACAACUACUGCUGGCACUGUAUCCUCAACAUCAGAGGUCAGGGAGAGACGCAGAUCAUACCUCACUCCAGUUAGGGACGAAGAAUCCGAAUCCCAAAGAAAAGCAAGAUCGAGGCAAGCAAGACAGUCUAGAAGAUCAACCCAGGGAGUGACAUUGACUGAUCUUCAGGAAGCUGAGAAAACUAUAGGAAGAAGUCGAUCUACUCGAACCAGAGAACAAGAAAGUGAAGAAAAAGAGAAAGAAGAAAAAGAAAAACAAGACAAAGAAAAGCAAGAAGACAAAAAGGAGUCAGACACUUCCAGAGAAGAUGAAUAUAAGCAGAAAUACUCUAGGACAUAUGACGAGCCCUAUCAGCGUUAUAGACCAGUGUCAACCUCAAGUUCAACUGCUCCAUCAUCAUCUUCACUUUCCACCAUCAGCAGUUCUCUCUAUACUACAAGUCAAUUAAACAGGCCAAAUAGUCUCAUAGGUAUAACAUCUGCUUAUUCCAGAGGUUUAACAAAAGAUAAUGAAAGAGCUCUGGUGAUGACAAGAGUUCUGAGGGAUGGUGAAAAAAAAGAGGAAGAAAAAGAAGGAGAAGAUAAAUCACAAACGAAAUCAAUACGAGAACGACGGCGACCAAGAGAGAAGCGGAGAUCUACUGGAGUUCCACUUUGGACACAAGAUAGUGAUGAAAAUGAACAGGAACAGCAGUCUGAUUCUGAAGAGGGAUCAAAUAAAAAAGACACUCAGACUGAUUCCCUUUCAAGACAUGACACAGGUUCCACGUCAUCCACUGAGCGUUGUGAUUCCUUGCUGAGUCGAUCUGGGUCUUACAGUUACUUGGAAGAAAGAAAACUUUACUCUAGCAGACUAGAAAGAGAAGAUUCAACUGACUUUAAAAAGCUUUAUGAACAAAUUCUAGCUGAAAAUGAAAAACUGAAAACACAGCUACAUGAUACAAAUAUGGAGCUGACAGAGCUUAAACUGCAGUUGGAAAAGGCCACCCAGAGACAAGAAAGAUUUGCAGACAGGUCACUUUUGGAAAUGGAAAAAAGGGAACGAAGAGCUCUAGAAAGAAGAAUAUCUGAAAUGGAAGAAGAACUCAAAAUGCUACCAGACCUGAAAGCAGACAACCAGAGGCUAAAAGAUGAAAAUGGGGCCUUGAUCAGAGUUAUAAGCAAACUUUCCAAAUAAAAGAAAGCAGCAAGUAAUGAUAUUGCACAUACUAAUAACCCCAGUGGACCAUGGUUGGCAGUCAUUGGAUUCAUGGGGAAAGAAUCCUUCAAGACUGUCAUUUUCAAAUAUCCUGCCAAAUGCCCUCUUACCUAUGGGUUAUUUUAUGGGGUGUUUUUUUUUGUUUUGUUUUGGUUUUGGUUUUUUGGUUUUGCUUCAUUUUUGCACCAAGACCAUUGUUUCAUGUUAAUGCAGCUGCUGAGAAGAUGACAAUGACUGAGAAAUCUUGUUUACAGCUACAGCAUACAUAAGGAAAGUGUUCAAGGCCGGAUACGCCUCAGAUAUUUAACCAGUAAGCCUUAGUUGUACAGAAACACUUUUGCAUCAACAAAAGCUUUCAGCUCUCACAGAAGACAGUUACUCAACAUAUUUUUUUUGAUGUUGUGCCACAGCUUCCAGUUUUCUGAUAUUCCAUUUUCGUUGUUUUAAAUCUUAAGUUUGGAUUUGUCUUUUUCCCUUCUAACUAUUCAUGUGCCAGACUUCCCCCAGCCCUGUGUACAGUGUUUUCACUGCUUCGUCAUUUGCAAAGAACACAUCUUCUAAAGUACAUCUUUGUAUAGUGAUAUAGUGUUGUGUUGUUUAACCACCUAGAACAGGAAUCCUAGGUGGAACAUUUGCUUUCACUGUUUGUGCAAUAUGCAUUUAUUUCUUAUAUGAAAUGCUUUAAUGUCAGUUCAAAUUAGAAUUCCACAGAUCCUGUUUUCUGCUUUCAUUGGUCAUGUUUAUUGUUUGGGGUUUGUUUUGGGGUUUUUUGUUUUGUUUUUUUUUUUAAUUGUAGAGUAAGAUGUUGAAUACUGUAAUCUUCACGUUUUAUUUUAGCAGGUACUGAGUGAUGCUGUAUAUAUCAAUAAGUGUACUGUUUGGAUUUUUAAACUACCACAUGGCAUGCUUGACUUAUUUCAUUAUUGCAAAUGUCUGUUCAUGCAAAGUAGGCUACUCCAGAAUAGUGUUAAAAUUUGCAAACUUUGUGGUAUCAAGAAUUUAAAUAUUAUGCAUUUUAUGGAGUCCUAUCUUUACAAAAGGUUUCUACUGUAAAGUAAUUUUCUUUCCAAUUUUCAUUUGAUAGUGUUCACCAUAAUUAAAGUUGCUUAAAUAUAAUUGCUUUCACUACAUUUCACAUACCUGUAUUUAUCUGAGUGCUGUCCGAAACUGUUGUGCUAGCCAAAGUAAUGUUAUUAAAUCAUUUCCAAACCUAAUCCAUUACUCAUAUUAAUGUUUAUAUGCACUGUUGCCAUGUGAAGGGGCAUCUAAUUUGAUACCAUCACCAUCAUGUCAGACCAUUUUGUACAUUUCAGUGGCCUUUUUCAAAAAAACAAAAACAAAAAAAAGAGUACUUAAGCAAAGAUGUCUUUUGUUAAGAGACAAAUAGCUUUUAUAUUUUCAUUUAACCAUGUGAAAAAAUGACAUCUUACUGGCACAUAAUCUAUCUCCUAAAACCACUGAACAGUUCAGCCAUUAAAAUAAAUUGUACAUUGUAAAGCUUGAAGUAGCUGUUGUAUUAUUGAUUAUAUUGUAUACUAUAUUAAAUGUGAAUUUGUACCCCUUCAUUUAAAAAGGUCAUUGUGUUCAACUGCCUAAUUUAGGUUAUUUGGGGCAGGGGGGGAGGGGGGAAGGGUAUUUUGGUUUAGCAGGACGUUAAGUCUUUCUGUUGAUUGGUUUUAUGAAGAUACAAGGUUAUGCUCUUACUACCAAGCUCAGGAUUCUUGAUUUUUAAAGGUACAAGGAUAGUUUUGGGAUCUUUCUUUUGUCAUAAUUGAACUGUUUGAAAAGUGGGUCUGAAUAUAGAGACUUUCCAUGGUCUGAGGUAAAAUAUGCAGAUUACUGAUCAGUUUAAAUGGCUGCAACCUGUUAACGGUGUUGCACAACAGUUGGGCAUGCUGAGGAUUAUAUUUCGUGAUGUUUGGAUGCCUGUGAAGAAUGAUUAAAUGCGUGUUUCUAAUAUUUUAGUGUUUUGUAUUUAGGUUAUUUAUUCUUUGUAUCUAAAACUGAACGGCUACUGUGCUAUAUUGAUUUUAUUGGUAGUAUUGCGCAGACUUUGUUUCUGCAUGAAACUAGUUGCAAAACCCACUAUUUUGGAAAAAAUGUAUUUUGACAUAUACAAAUAAAAUAAAUAAAACUAUUUUAAAUGUCUGAAA